AAUCACAGUGAAGAAAAGGGUUUCUCUCAUUGGCUUCUGGGUCGUGUCUCUUUGUUCGCAUUUGCAAAGAGAAGCUUGCCAACUACCAUGGCGGAUCGUAGAGACAGGGGCCAACAAGUACGCGGGUCUCGAAUCAUGAUCGGCAUCCUGAUCGGUGUCCUUGGUGGGUGCGUUUGCGCCACGAUGCUCCCGCAUGGAUUCUUCAACUCGGGUUCAACGCUCGCACUCAACGGUCGCCUCACAACGUCGAGCAUUCAGGCUGGAUCAUCGUCAUGUGAAUCGCCCGAACGGAUGAAAAUGCUCAGGACAGACUUUGUAGUUCUCUCGGAAAAGAAUGCCGAGUUGAAGCAGCGGGUCAGAGAGCUAACGGAAAAGCUGCGGUUGGCAGAACAAGGAACGGACAGUGCACUAAAACAGGCUCUAGUUUUGGGAUCACAGAUCAAGGCGGGGCCUUUUGGAACCGUCAGGAGUUUGAGGACUAACCCUACUGUCCUUCCGGAUCAAUCUGUUAACCCAAGACUGGCAAGGAUUUUAGAAAAGGUAGCUGUCAGGAAAGAGGUUAUCGUUGUUCUUGCAAACUCGAAUGUGAAGGAAACACUUGAGUUACAGAUUGCUAGUAUAAAGAAUGUAGGUAUAUCGAACUAUCUGGUUGUAGCGUUAGACGACAACACAGAAGAUUUCUGCAAAUCGAAUGACGUUGCAUAUUACAAGAGAGAUCCAGAUAGCUAUGUGGACUCGAUAGCCAAAACUGGAGGUAACCAUGAGGUAUCUGGAUUGAAAUUCCGUAUUUUGAGGGAGUUCUUGCAACUCGGUUACGGCGUUCUUCUCUCGGACGUUGACGUAGUCUACUUGCAGAACCCUUUCGAGCAUCUAUACAGGGACUCUGAUAUAGAAUCCAUGAGUGAUGGCCAUAACAAUACGACGGCUUAUGGCUUCAACCAUGUGUUCGAUGAACCAGCCAUGGGAUGGGCUCGUUAUGCCCACACUAUGAGGAUUUGGGUAUUCAAUUCCGGGUUUUUCUAUCUAAGGCCUACGGUUCCAGCUAUCGAACUGAUUGAUCGUGUGGCUGACAAAGUCACUCGCACAGAGGCAUGGGACCAAACAGUUUUCAACAAGGAACUGUUCUUCCCUUCGCGUCCUGGGUACGCAGGAUUACACGCCUCCAAGAGGGUGAUGGAUAUGUACGAAUUCAUGAACAGUAAAGUGCUUUUCAAGUUUGUGAGAAAGAAUCCCGAGCUGAAGAGGUUGAAGCCGGUGGUUGUUCAUCUGAAUUACCAUCCAGAUAAGCUCAGCAGAAUGCAAGCUGUUGUGGAGUUCUACGUGAAUGGCAAGCAAAAUGCGCUUGACAACUUCCCGGAUGGUUCUGAAUGAUAGGAGUGGGUAUGCAGGCAAGAGAGAUUCAUCAACCCUCUUCCUUUUGCCAGAUUUUUUAUUCACAUUUUCCCCUAGAAAAAAAAAGAAACUGAUAGGCCAAAAUCUUCCAGUUUCCUAUCUCCAAUCCCUUUGUACAAUGAAUUUUUGUGUAUCUAAUAGCUGAGAUCUCAGAAUUUU